UUCAAUCUCUUGUUUAAAUCCAAUCCACACAGCAAUACAACGGGUAGAGAUCUUCUGGAUACAACCCAGUGGAAUAUGUUAAUUUUUUGAUGGCCUGAUACUGUUUCAAUGCAAAGUGCCUGCAGGUUGUUCGGUAAAACUAUGUCAAAUGCGUAGGGUGUGAUCAAAGUUAUUUCCUUCUGUAUUAAGCGUGCUGCUGUUCAGGUAAAUCCUGUUAGUAAGGACCUCCUUGCUGUCAAACAGUGCACCUCCAAAUAUCCGCACAUGCUUCUCAGGACAUUUCACAGACAAAAAGAUAUGAAGUUGGAAAGGUCAUGAAGAUACCAAGAUCACUGACAAACUGGGCAACCCUUCUGUUGAUGCUAGCGGCAAUGUUCGCCUUGUAUCGUGACCCAUUUGUAAUUCUCUGGUGGCCUCCGGAACCUGCCCAGAGGCCUGAUCAUUUGCCGCUGGACAUGGAGACAGAGUCCAUUGAUGACAUGUAUGAAGGUUGCCGGUCUGAGAUGGCUCCCGUGAUUGACCUGCUUGGCAUAUUUGAGCGCCGCAAUAACAAACGCUUCGGUUCUACUUGGGCUCUUGCUGAAACACACGCAAGAACACCUGUGCAUAAGGACAUGAAGCAGGAACAUGCCAUCUCUUUGUACUUGUACACCAGUGUGCCUGUGGUCCAACAUGAUUUCAACACAGCAGUUAAAGAAGGGAAACAAGCAUACAGCACACAUGAAUUUCAGUUCCAUUACUUCUACUUCUACUUGACGGAAGUCAUCCAGCUACUGCGUCACACGUCCUGCAAGACCAGCUAUCAUCGCACCUCGGAGCGCUAUGACCUCAAUGUGGUGAACACAAACAUACGUUUCGGUGCUUUCAUUUGGGCGGCUACAAACAAGCAGACGUUUGAGUCCAAUGGCAAAGUUUCCUGCUUUGAGAUCCACACUUGCUUUGGUGCUGAUGUGACAUUCUACUCUGCUAAAGGCCAAGAGGGACAAGUGCUGAUUCCUCCAUAUGAGGUUUUCACUAUCACUGAUGUACUAACUGAUAAGCAGUGGUGUAAUGUUGUCUACAAACUACAAAGCACUAAAACACCCAGGGGAGAUCUGAAUUGUAAACUGAAUCUGCAGCAAAUAAAAACAUAUGUAUAA